UUGGCUGAUUACGUGUCGCAUCCUAACCUAGAUUAUGAACGAUCAAAUGUGGUAAUCCAAGUUGGCUUUCGAUCGUUCAACGGAUCCGUCAUCUCAACCGUAGCACGAUGACCCAAAAGACGAUUGCCAAAUUUUGGAUUGCCACCCAAGCCGAGCUUCAGGAUGUCCUUCUCCACGAGCAUCUGGUUCAACGAUUCGAGCCAACGAAAGACAAACAGAUCGUCCACGAAAUUGUGUCCGAGCUAUACUGUCGAUAUGUUCCCCUGUGUCGGAUGCUCGAUCGAUGCUAUGAUCAAACGCUCCAGGUUCAGAAGCGAGAGGUCAUUCAAGGGCUGGCGCAAGCGGCCAACCAACGGAUGCUGGAGCUUCAACAGAAGGUCAAGCAGAUGGAACUCAGUGAAUUCACCUACAUAGAUGGGGCCCUACGAGAACUGCACCUUAUACCAGAAGACGUCCAACCUAUGCGACCAUGUUACUUCCCAUUAGAACGAUCUGCAGAACAUGGUGGCCUAAUCGCUGCCUCCAGCAAAAUUCUGCAGCCGUUGACAAGCAGCUCGAGCGAGGAACUCAGCAGCAGCUCCGAAAGUGAGGAGGAACCUCCACCUGACCCACGGCGUCCCAUUGUUCGACGCGACCGCGUCAAAGAAAAACGAAUCGCUGCCCUGAAUCUGAUCCUCGCCCAUGAAAAGGCACGGCGGGCUCGUAUCAUGCAGCUGAACUUUCGACUGCACCCUAAACUGUUCUAUCCCAAGCCGAGGGAGGACGCUAUUCAGGACUUUCCGUACGAAUUCUACCACAAACCAGACCAGUUCAUGUUGAUACCGGUGAAGCGAACUGUCUACAAUUGGGAUUACUACGUCAAAAAGAAGGACGUUGUGGCGUUUCCAUACUACAAACCUCCCGGAUGGGUUGAACAAAUAGUAGAGCCGGAACCUGCAAAGGACAUUGAAAACCCCCAACCAGUUGUGUCCGAAGUGGAAGAGAAGCCAGAAGAAGAAGAAGAAGACAGCACGGAGGAAAAGAUCGAGAAGAUGAUACGAAAUCGAUCAGCCAGAAAGAUCCAACGAUACUGGUGGAAGUAUCAGGAAAGAAAGCGACUGUUACGCGAACGUUACAACCGAUCCGUCGUUUUGGGAAUGAUCGAUGAAAUGGAACGAGGGCCGAAUUUGAAUGCCAGAAUCGAACAAGCUGAAGCAGAACGAAGGAAGCGAAAACCGGAGUUCGACGAAGCAUUUCUGAAAGCCGUCGAAGACGAGAAAACGCGAAUCCUACAGCAGCGCGGGCCUUGGAUCAUGGAGGACAUUUCCGAUCACAUCCGAGCGUGGUUCAGGGAGUUUUACGACCGAGCUCAUGCCUUCGAUCGCUAUCCGGAAAUUUGGGAAGGCGGAACGAUCUUGGUGAUCAAAGGGGAAACAUUGACGCCGGAAGAGUACAUGGAAGUUCAGAGGAAAAAGGCAUUGGAAAAACUGAAAAGUGCCGAACAAAAAAAGAAGGAAGCUGAAGCGAGGAAAAAGGCAAAGGAGCUGGAAAAAGAGAAAAAGAAAGAAGCCAAGGAAAAGCUGAAAGAACAAAGACGAGAAGAGAAAGAAUUGGAAAAGCGGGAAGGCAAAACCUAUGAUUUUAAGAAACCGGAGUUUGCUACCAAUGCCUACAUAACAAUCGAAGAGUCAAUAGCGCGCUAUGAAAAGGAUUGGUAUUUCAUCGACGAGUUGGACAGCGAGGAAGAGCUUCCGAUAAUGGAGUGGAUAACGCUGGACAAGUUCGCCGAAGUUCAUCAAGAACUGCGCCCUAUCGUAGAUGAAGUGCUUCGUGGAGAGCGAGAACUUCUCCAGAAGGCCUUGUGCAAAGAUAACAAAAAGAAGUACAAACCGGCAAAGCCUAAAAAGGAAAAGAGGAAACGAAAAGGAAAGAAAGGCAAGAAAAAGAAAGAAGCUCCCGAUUUGACUGCUGAUCGGACGAUUGAUUCACUGUACGAAGAGCUCAUAGAGAAGAACGUGAUCCGAACGUACAAGAAAAGAAGAAUUGAUGAUUUCAUCGGUGAUUACAAUUAUGCAGCGUAUGAGAAAAGAAAUUUCCUACUGGAAGAUCCGCCGGCUGCAAUGGGCGAGGUGCGGGACAUCAUCAAAACGUGGCUUUUUGGAAUGGGCUCAUUGGGUCUUCCAAAGCCAAAAUCUUUUUGUCUAUUAGGACCGUCAGGAUACGGCAAGACGAUGUUGGUAGAAGCUGUAUGCAACGAAACGGACGCAGUCCUUUUUGAUCUUAGCGUAGCGACCGUUGCUCCUAUUCCGGUAGCCGAGAUACCUCUAAUGAUGCACAUGAUCCUCAAAAUGGCCCGCAUUCUUCAACCUACCGUCAUCUGUAUCGACGAAGCACACAAACUUUUCUACAAGAAAAUCCCUCCUGACGAAAAGUCGCUGGACCCAACCAAGCUUGGAAAAGUACUCUUCAAAAGGCUUAUUAAACAAAUCAAGAAAGACGAGAAAAUCCUUCUAGUGGGAACGUCUAGUCAACCAUGGACGGCCAAGGUGGGAAAGUUUAAGAAGUGCUUCGAGAAGUUUCUGUUGAUUCCUAAAACGGAUUACGGUUCGACGCAACUGCUGUGGAGACAUGCCUUGAGCAAGAAGGUUGGCAUUGGGAAAGAUUUCGACCUAUCGCCACUUUCGUUGGUAACGAGGGGAUAUGCUCCGGCGCAGAUACUCGGUUGCGUGAAUCAGACUCUGGGGCUUAGAAGGAGAAUGAGAUUGGCACGUGUACCCCUAACGGCCCAUGAACUAUUGGAACAUUUCCUUACGAAAAAUCCACCCGAGUAUCCUAUCACCGAUAAGGAAUACCUGAAAUUCAUUAAAUUCUACAAGAAAGCGGACAAACUUGCCAAACAAAGGGCCAAGAUGCUGAAAAUUCGAGAAGCAGAGAUCGCGAAACAGAAAGCCAAAGAAGCGAAGAAGAAAAAGUAGAAUAAUCGCAGUUUUCUUUGGAUUGGUGAUACAUCUGUCGGAACUAGUUGGAGAUCUAACAAGGAUUGUAAAAAGUAACGAUAAAUUUAUUUUUGUACAUUUGUUCAUCAAUGUAUGGCUUUCUAAAAAAAAAUAGAGCGAAACAUUUUGGGAAUA